CUACCCUUCUCGUUGGAAGUGACCCGCUAGCAUUGCUACUGCUGAUUGGCUGCGUCUGGAAGGCGCUGCUGAAUUAACCAAGCUGCUGUGGUGGAAGUGGAUGAGAGUUUAUAACAGGGAGGAUCUGACAAGGCCACCGGGAUGGCAGAGAAUAGGCGGCAGUUCUGGAAGAGAAGUUCCAAACUACCGGGCAGUAUCCAACCUGUAUAUGGAGCCCAGCAGCCACCACUGGAGAAGAGUUUCUCAUCCAGUCACCCACGAAUACACUUAAGUCAUCCGAAAAAUAGAAAAGCCUCCAGUUUCCAUGAGUUUGCAAGAAGCACAAGUGACGCAUGGGAUAUCGAUGAUGAUGAGAGUGAAGACAUUUUACAUUCGGUAUCCUACCAGGCCCUCAGCCCGAAGAUUAUUGAUACAGAGGUAGAAAUCACACCUAACUUUAAAAGGCCUGAAGAAAAUUCCAGCCAGACCAUUGUGACAUCUGCCAGUGAAGACCAGCUACACCGGGUCACUACAGAUGCCUCUAUGCAGAGGAAGCCAUUCCAAAAACUGCAGUCCCAUCCCUUCCGCCCUAUCAUUCCACUGGUUGCCAGGAUAUCGGAUCAGAACGCUUCUGGGGCUCCUUCUGUGACACUCCGUGAGAAAACACGCCUUGAAAAAUUCAGACAGCUGCUUUCCUGUUCAAACACAGACCUCGAUGAGCUAAGAAAAUGUAGCUGGCCUGGGAUCCCACGAGAUGUACGACCCAUCACAUGGAGACUUCUAUCGGGUUAUCUUCCUGCUAAUACAGAAAGGCGCCAAAUGACACUUGAGAGGAAACGUGCAGAAUAUUUUGGUUUUAUUGAACAGUAUUAUGAUUCUCGAAAUGAAGAGCAUCAUCAGGAUACAUACCGACAGAUUCAUAUUGACAUACCAAGGACAAAUCCUCUAAUACCAUUGUUUCAGCAACCAUUAGUUCAAGAAAUCUUUGAGAGAAUCUUGUUUAUCUGGGCCAUCCGGCACCCUGCAAGUGGAUAUGUCCAGGGAAUAAACGAUCUCGUCACCCCAUUCUUUGUGGUAUUUUUGUCUGAGCACGUUGAAGAUGAUGUUGAAAACUUUGAUGUCAGUACGCUGUUGCCAGAAACAUUGAAGAACAUUGAAGCAGAUAGUUUCUGGUCAAUGAGUAAACUGCUAGAUGGCAUUCAGGAUAACUACACAUUUGCUCAACCUGGAAUUCAGAAAAAUGUGAAGGCCCUUGAAGAACUUGUGAGCCGAAUUGACGGUAAGGUACAUAGUCAUCUUCGAAAAUAUGAAGUUGAAUAUCUCCAAUUUGCCUUUCGAUGGAUGAAUAAUCUGCUAAUGAGGGAACUUCCUUUAAGAUGUACUAUACGAUUGUGGGAUACUUACCAGGCAGAACCUGAAGGCUUUUCACAUUUCCACCUUUAUGUUUGUGCCGCUUUUCUAAUUAAAUGGCGCAAAGAAAUUUUAGAUGAAGUAGAUUUUCAGGGAUUACUUAUGCUGCUCCAGAACCUGCCUACAAUUCACUGGGGCAAUGAGGAAAUCGGCCUCCUCUUGGCAGAAGCAUACAGACUGAAAUACAUGUUUGCAGAUGCUCCCAACCACUAUCGGCGAUGAAACGUAUUGUGCUCCACGGCUGGACACUCCAGAAAUCCUGCUACCAGGAAGAAGCGUGUACAUUUUGCACCAGUGCCUCCUGCAUUACUUUUCACUCACUCAUUUGGACUUCUUUUAAGCAUUUGUGUGUGAGUGCGUAAAUAUCUAUUUAAUGAAAAGACUAAUGACUGGACCUGUGAUCAACCCUGUACAGAUUAUUUGUAUAUUAGCAGACUUUCAUAUGUAUAUGGAUAGAAAUGUAUAUAAUUUAAAUUUAUUUGUAAAAUGUGAUUCUUUAUCUCAUUCAAGUAUAUAUGCUUUGUCUUUGUUGAAACCUGUGGCUCCUGUGUAAAAUGUGCAAAAUUUUAAGGUUAUUAACAAAAUAAUAGUUCAAAGACACUCCUGCAAAAAGCAAACAUUUUAAAGCUUUGAAUGUUAUGUCAGAUGCCACCAAACACAUGUACCGGGAUUCCUCUGUUUCUCUGAUGCAUCCCCUAGAUACUGUUUAUUUAGUCCCUAGAAUGUGCAUAAGAAGUGUAUGACCAUCACUCAGGGACAGCCAGGAAGAAAUAGGGGUAAAUGGGAAUAUUUCAAUAUUCUUCACUGGAGCAGCACAUAUCACUGUGCAUGGUACUGACCAGGGAGCUUAGCCUUCAGUUUCAGCAACAUGGCAGAGGAUAUGAAUAAAAAAAAAUAAAAAAAAUCUAAUUCUGUUUUUAUGUACUGUUAGAGGCGCAAACUUGUACUGUGAUUUAU